CGGUGCGUCCGGCGUCCGUUCGGGGGCAAGCAGCAGCCACCGACGAUGGUGAUCAUCCACAAUCCACAACGGCAAAACGACGUCGACUGAAGACACUCUCCGUGCUUUUGCUGACCACAACUACCUCUACGCUACUAGUAGCUAGGUUCGAGGAUCCUCAUUCAUUGCGUUCUAGCUAGCUAGAGAAAAGAAUGGCUCAGUUUAUUGUGAAUCCGAAACCGUUUCUGGCAGAUCUGACGGGCAAGACAGUGCGAGUCAAGCUGAAAUGGGGUAUGGAAUACGAAGGCGUCCUUACCAGUGUGGAUAGUUACAUGAACGUCCACUUGGAGAGCACACAAGAGUACGUGGAUGGCCAGUUUGCUGGCUUCUUGGGGGAGGUGUUGAUUCGUUGCAACAAUAUACUAUACAUCAAGGCAGCCCCACCACCAGAUGACGAUGACGAGGAAGACGAGAAGGGCAAGGCCUCAGAGAAAAUGGAAGAGUAACCUCCCUACAACUCCAUGAAUAUUUUAAUCAAUUCAGCCAGAGCAAAGUCAAUCAAUAAUUUGGGGGGAGACUCUGGAUCCGUCAGCCCGAUCUUCAGUGGAAGUCCAACAAUCAAGCAUCACGUACUGGU